AUGUUCAUUGCACGGAGCGAGUACGAUCGUGGCAUCAACACAUUCUCCCCCGAAGGACGUCUUUUCCAGGUCGAAUACUCUCUCGAGGCCAUCAAGUUGGGCAGUACGGCCAUUGGCAUCUCAACAUCGGCCGGCGUCAUCCUCGGGGUGGAGAAGCGCAUCACAUCGUCGCUAUUGGAGACAUCAUCGGUGGAGAAGAUUGUGGAGAUUGACCGCCAUGUUGGCUGUGCCAUGUCCGGACUGCAGGCCGAUGCCCGCAGCAUGAUUGAACAUGCACGUGUUACAUCGCAGUCGCACGAGUUCCACUACAACGAGCGGUUAGGUGUUGAGAGCUGCACUCAGGCCAUCUGCGACUUGGCAUUGCGAUUCGGAGAGGGUGCAGAAGGCGAGGAGAGCAUCAUGAGUCGGCCGUUCGGCGUGGCGCUCCUGAUUGCAGGAUACGACGAGAACGGACCAUCACUCUACCACGCAGAGCCCUCAGGCACAUUCUACCGCUACGACGCAAAAGCCAUUGGAUCCGGCUCCGAGGGCGCCCAGGCAGAGCUACAAAACGAAUUCCACAAGUCGCUUACUUUGGAGGAGGCCGAGGUGAUGGUGUUGAAGACGCUGAAGCAAGUCAUGGAGGAGAAGCUGGACUCGAAGAAUGUACAGCUUGCGAGUGUUACCAAGGACAAGGGCUUCCGUAUUUACGGCGACGAGGAGAUGGCCGGUGUGGUCGGCAGGUUGGAGGGCAACUGA